GCGGCCUCGGACGCGGCGGCAGCAACGCGCCGCAGCCAUGCCGGGGGACCACCGGCGCAUCCGCGGGCCCGAGGAGUCGCAGCCGCCCUCGCUGUACGUGGUGCGGUCCGGGCCCGACGACGACGACGACGAUGACGGGGAGGGGGGAGCGGCGGGGCCCCGGGACCCCUCGCGGCUGCGGCCGGUGUACGCGCGCGCCGGGCUGCUGAGCCAGGCCAAGGGCUCGGCCUACCUGGAGGCAGGCCGCACCAAGGUGCUGUGCGCCGUGUCCGGGCCGCGGCCGGUGGAGGGGGAGCGCGCGGCGGCGGCGGGCAGCGCGGGCGGCCGCCUGCUGUGCGACUUCCGGCGGGCGCCCUUCUCGGGCCCGCGGCGGCGGCGGCCGGCGGGCGCGGCGGGGGGCGGCGGCGGCGGGGCGGAGGAGCGCGAGCUGGCGCUGGCCAUGCAGGAGGCGCUGGAACCUGCCGUGCGCCUGGGCCGCUACCCGCGCGCGCAGCUCGAGGUGUCCGCGCUGCUGCUGGAGGACGGCGGCUCGGCGCUGGCCGCCGCGCUCACGGCCGCGGGCCUAGCGCUGGCCGACGCGGGCGUCGAGAUGUACGACCUGGUGGUGGGCUGCGCGCUGAGCCGCGGGCCGGGCGCCGACGCCGCCUGGCAGCUGGACCCGACGCGCCGCGAGGAGGAGCGCGCUGCCGCCAGCCUCACCGUGGCGCUCAUGCCCGUGCUCAACCAGGUGGCAGGCCUGCUGGGCAGCGGCGAGGCCUGCGCGGCCGAGAGCUGGGCGGACGCCGUGCGCCUGGGCCUGGAGGGCUGCCAGCGCCUCUACCCGGUGCUGCAGCAGUGCCUGCUCAAGGCGGCCCGACGCCGGGGGGGCGCGGGCCCAGGUACCCCAGCUGACAACGAGAAGGUGGCCGCCGCGGCCCCCCAGGGUGCCGCCGUUGCGCCUGAUGCGGAUGCUGCCCCUGCUGCCGACUGCCAGACCCCCGACGCGGCCACCGACCCCGCUGACCCCGUGGCCUGAGCCGGAGGACUGGGACCGGACCCUCGCCCCCUCCUCCUAUCCCUCAGCUACCACCAGCCCUGCAGCAGCCUCAGGAUCUAGACUCCCAACGCUGCUGACCCCGUGGCCUGAGCCGGAGGACGGGGACCAGACCCCGCACCACCACCCCCGGGACCCCUGCCUCUCAGCUACCACCAGCCCUGCAGCAGCCUCAGGAUCCAGGAUCGGGACUCCAGACGCCGCUGACCCCGUGGCCUUUGUGGGAGGGCAGCGACCAGGACCCCCUCCCCCCACCAUCAGCACCCUCACUACCCCCGGGGAUCCCCGCCCACACCUAGAGCCCUGGCUGCUGAUCUCGUGGAGUGGGCAGGAGGGUGGGACCAGACCCCACCACCAUCUUCCAGCCCUGCAGCAGCCUUCAGGAUCCCACUGCACACGUGCCUGCCGUGGGGCUGAGCACCACAGGGACGGGACAUUGCACUUUGGAGCCACUAAGCCGGUUUUUUUGUGUUCGUGUUGAUUAAAAGAUUGUUUGGUAUUUUCCAA